AUGAAAAUUGUGUACAGGAUUCUUGCCUCUCAAUAUUACCCUCUUGGCUAUCUCUGCCCAUAUACCUCACGUGCAAAGAUCCUUGUCCAGGAACUAUGGAAAUCGAACCACAAUUGGGACGAACCCAUCAAAAAAGAAGAAAUCAAAUCAUCAUGGCUCCAGUGGGAGAACGAACUACCAUCUCUAUCACAAAUUACACUACCUAGAUGCUACAAUCCUGUCGAUGUCAACACCUCCACAGUAACCAGAGCACUGCACGUGUUCUGUGACGCCUCUGAGAGGAUCUACGGAUCUGUUGCCUACCUUAGAUCUGAAGACAAUGACAGCAAUGUGUAUGUGUCGUUCGUGGCAGCACGCAGUAGAGUUACCCCUAAGAAGCAGCUGUCUAUGCCACGACUUGAGUUAUGUGCUGCCCUUAGUGGUGCCCAGCUGGCAGACACCCUACUAAGAGAGCUGAAUCUUCCCGUCACUACCCUAACCCUCUGGAGUGACUCCACCACUGUGUUAUCUUGGCUACACUCAGACUCCUGCCGAUACAAGGUCUUUGUAGGCACCAGAAUAUUAGAAAUACAAACCUUGACAGAAGUCAAUCAAUGGCACUAUGUCAACAGAGCAGAAAACCCUGCCGACGAUCUCACUCAUGAUAAACAACUAACAGAGCUGAGUGACGGUUCAAGAUGGAGAGACGGGCCUUCUUUCCUUUCAAACCCAUCCGAAUACUGGCCAACCAACCUGAGUACUAAUCCAUCAGUACCAGCAGAGGACCCAACUGUGCUCAAGAAAAGCUCCUACACUACGGAGCUGAACGCAUUCUGGCUGAACUGA